GUGCGAUCAUUUUGAAAAUUCUGGCAUACAGUCGAGAAAUAACAUAAGUAUCAAUGACCUAGCACAAUGUCAAUAUCUCGUGCAACCUCCGCCAGCUCAUAUAACACCCCUGGUUCUCCUCCUCACUGACUGUAUCAGAGGUAGCAUUUGACGUUAUCAUACAUAAAUGUUCUGAGGAGUAUACUGUGUGUACAAUUAACGGUUUAAUUGUUUAUGAGAGAACUGACAAAAUUGGUUUGGAUUAUUGUGGAAGGUCAUACAACGACGAGGGUAACAAUCUCUUUUAGUUGUUUUUCUCUUUCUUUAUAGCGAGUUUGGCUUAAGGAUUCUUUCCAAUUCACAUUAGCUUGUGUCAGCUUUGUUUGCGGGGUCUUCCCAGUUUACAUUAGGUUGUGUCAGCUUUGUUUGGGAGGAUUCCCCAAAUGACGAAGGUCGUAGACAUUUAUCACUUUGUUUGAAUCUACACAUAUGGUUCAGACAAACCAUCUAAAGUAAUGGGUAAUUAGGAAUUGAACCCGAGAACCAGUUAACAUCGGAAUUUUGUUUGUUUUAUUGUCAGCGGAAUUAAACUUUGUGAACGUUUUGCCAAUCCUCAAUUCUCACCUGUCUCGGUCUCAAUUUCAUAUUGUUUUUUCUGUAUUUUGAAUAGAUACACAAUCUUAUCACGAUGACUAUAGCAUUUAAACUAGAGGCAACAUAAUGUUAAUUCUCAUGCUCUUAGAGAUAAAGCAAUGUUUCGACAAUGGUACUGAAAAGUGUGUGUCAGCAUAUUAUUGAACAACUUACAGAUAAGACAGCAAACUCUCUAGCUCAAGACUGUGUCUAACCCAGAUUCACUAGCUUACGACUGUGACCAUGUUAACAUUUACAAUCCUUCUGAUUGCCAUUCUCGGAAAAGUUUUUGUGGAUUCCGCCAUCGUGUACAAAUGGCAUGCCUUGGACUUUGAUUGGCCAAACACCUCAGUCAGACAGGAAUUAAUAAAUAACGGAAGCUUCAUCAUACAAAAUAACCUCAUCUCAGGCAUAAAGAUUUAUAAUGGCAGUGUGUACGUGACGAUUCCUCGUUGGAGGAAAGGCGUUCCAUCUACUCUUAAUGUCGUAGUGGAGAAACAUGGGGAGGCAAUCCUCAAACCCUUCCCCAGCUGGGACAUGCAGACACAAGGGGACUGUUCAGCCAUUCAGUAUUCUCAGAGUCUUGAGAUUGACCCUGCAACUGGAUGGAUGUGGAUUAUUGACACUGGUUUAAACUCAAUCGCCGACCCGGGACAAUACUUGUGUCCCCCUAAGCUUGUUAUCUACGAUAUAAACACCGACAAAGUUAUCCGAGUUCAUCAUUUUCCUGAAGCCAUCGCUCCAAAGAUGCGCACGUUCCUGAACGAUAUCGUGAUUCAUAAAGUUUCAGGAAAGCCUGCUUAUGCCUACAUUACGGAUGCUGGAACAGCUAAGCUUGUUGUCUAUGAUUUCAGAAAGGACAAAUCGUACACAUUUUCACACAAGAGCAUGUUAGACGAGCAGGGUCCGGCGACUAUCAUCAAUUUUGACCACACACAAUUUACGACACACAUACCGAUAGAUGGCAUUGCUCUUUCACCUGACUUCCGGUAUCUUUACUACUGUUCCUUGGCAUCAGUGAAACUUUACCGAGUUCCCACGUCAGUGCUUGCGAAUGAAAAUGCCGACAUCAGCAGAUCUGUCAAAAACCUUGGAAACAAAGUUUCCCAGACCGGAGGCAUGAUAGCUGGAAGUAAAAGUUUGUAUUACGGAGCGUUGAGUUUGAAUGCUGUGUACAAAUGGGAUUUCACCAAGGACAUGGCAAUGGCGGCGUCUGUUGACGAUGUUACCCUGAAAACGCAGACCCAGGUAGCAAAGGAUGACACGUACAUGGAAUGGGUUGACAGCUUUGCUUUCGAUACUAAUGGCUACCUCUGGUUUACAGUAAAUAAACUUCCAAAUUUUCUUCAGAAUACAAUGGAUUUUGUUAAUGCCACGUCCCCGUCUAAUAUGUUCAUUUGGAAGAUUUAUGUUGGUGAAAAGAAUUAUUUGUAACUUCGACAUCAACCUGACACCAAGCUGUCAUUAUACCAUGAAAACAGUUUUGCAAUUCAGGCCAUACUUCUUUUUCACAUAUCUCCGCUUUGUAUGCUGUACUUUUUCCAUCCCUUCUCACUGUUAUGUACCUGUUGCAUAUAUGUUAAUAAAAACAAUAUUAUAAACGAAAAAA